AUGGAUAUCGACUACUCUGGGCCAGUAACUGCCAUGUGCCCGAGCAGCGUCAAUGGCACAAAUUACAUCUGGCACCCCCAACCAAUCGUUGAUGAUGACGUUAAUCUCAACGCGUAUGUGAUUGAAAAUCGCAAGUUCCGCUCUGUCGCAAUUUCGGAUGCAGUGCACUCUGAAGCCGAGAAUCCGGUAAUAUGGUUCGAAUCCAAUACGGCAAAAACAGAACUGCAUUUCAGCACACCAGACAAUGAUUUGAUUGCAAUUACCGAACACCGUUUGAUAUUCAUUUGCGGACCACGAGAUUUGGUUUUGAAUGAAGCAAUACAGCUUUAUCUUCACCUUCAUCUUCAUCGCCUCGGGGGCCAAACCCAAAUGCUAACGUUCCCAUGGACUGUAACCACGCCAUUGGCUGAGCAAAUGGCUCAUACAGGGCGAGGUUUGGGUGUCCUUAGUUUGAAUCGACUGACUCGACACCUACCGCUUCAGGGCUGCGGUAGUAGCCCUUCGCCACUGUUUGCUGCGGAUACUGAGGUGACUGUAAAUCCCGUCAAUCGCACUCGUUCGUGUGUGGUGGAUCCGAUGUCAAAAUCCCCUAUUGGAUUUCUGUGCGAAGGCACUAUUGUGCCUAAUGAUUGCAUGAGAUCCCUCAUUGGCCAUAAUGGAGAAGUUGUGACCACCCCCGAACCCUAUUCAUAUUUGAAUUUCCAAAAUUAUGGAACUUGGGUGGUGACACGAUAUUUUAAUGAAUUAGCAUUGCCACAAUUCGGUGGCGAAUGCAGAUGCAUCGAUCCUGAAACAGGAGCGGUGAAGGCCAAGAUAGAGAUUCGUAUGGAAACCGAGUACGUUUGUGACAUUUUCAGCAUGGUCGAACGCAACCUUGCAACUCCUAUCGGUGGCGCUUGGUGUUCGGUUGUACUACACCCUGGCAGCACCUUGACAAUAAAGUUUCCAGUAGAGGCUGUCUAUUGGGAGUCCCCCAACGAGCAUUCCUCUACCAGCUUAUCCCUUCAGAAUCUUCCUAGAUCUUUAUUAAAGGCUGAAUUCUUCCCGACGGACUUGAUUACGCUGCGGCAGCUGAGUACGCAUUAUGAUGUUGAUGUUUACGAGCGAGUCUUGUACCACGAAGUCCUUGCUGGAAACGCCCUUGAGUUGGACGCCACCCAAAUGUUCCGAGGAGAGGUAAAACUGAAGUACCAUGAUAACAAACCUCUCGCACUAGUAGACGGCCUUAAUUCAUUCUAUUUUCAUUGGGCAGUGAAAUACAGAAACAGGUGUGCCUUUGAUAUGAUUCGAGCAAUCUUGAAUGUGGCAUUUGCGUUCACCCACCAGUACACGAUGGUAGGGUGCGACCGAGAGCAGACAAAUGUGUUUGAUCACGAUCUUAGUAUGGCGUAUUGUUAUACUAAUUCUGUGGGAAACGGUAUUGGGGAUGUUUAUGAGUGUACGUUUCGUCUUAAGUGCGGACGUUUGCAAGCUGGUAUUCGCUGCGGCCCCAAUGAAGAGCUGUUGCCAAACAACUGUGAUUCCUUAGGAUAUAAUCUCCGCUCCAAUAAAAUGAUGUCAUUUCCUGGAUCCAUUCGAAAUGUGACACCAUAUCGUAUGUUAGGCUUUCAGAUAUUGGGCUUUGAAUUUCGCGACGAUAGUCCUGUAAGCCACGCCUGCGUAUGUGUUGACCAACGUGGAUACGAAAUGUCUAGAAUCAUUUUAGAGCUUGACCAUCAAAAACACUACACCUACGGAACAAAUCGGCAAGAGACGUCUCACAUGUUACUUCCAUAUAUAUGGAUGCUUUGGCCUGAAGUUGGAUUAUUAGGGGAGGGACACACAGCACCCAGAUGUCUGAUGAUACACUAUGUACCCCAAGAGCCCAUUACAGUACAUGUGGGAGAAACUGUGCUCCUACAUUGUGGAAUGGGCUCCGUUGCGUCUUUGCAAUAUGAUCCUUUAAUCCGUGGCGCAGUUAGGGAUUUUCUUUCAACUGCUUGGCUUCCAAAUCGACCUGAUGAGUUCUAUUAUGCAGUUAAAAAGAUAGCUGGUGAUGAUGGACUCCUUCGUAUGAGAUACAAGGAUUCGAUUGCCACAACUCCGGGUGGUUUUCGAAUCAUGAGUGACGAAACAUACUUAACGGAAUAUGUAUCCUUAAAAAUAGAAUCACGUGGGGGCACCAUUCUAAUAUCCAAAGAUCCGGUUCACAAACAACACGUGCCAAUGACAUUCGUUUGCGCUAAGGCGCCCAAACAAACGGAUGUCUCCAGCGUAGCUGGCAACGCAUCAACUUCAGAAACACCUGUACUACCCAAUUUCCAGACCAUAAGAUCCCCUACGCGAUACACAUGGGACGUAGUUCAAGUUAAGGUCGAGACCACUGACCCGUACAUGCAAGGCUGCGGCGUUACCUACGAAUCGGACGAGUUUUUCAAACCUGAAACGCCCAAACUCUACGACGGUGACGGCAACCUACAGUUCGGUUGCAAGAUAGAUUUUCAGACUGCCAAGGAAGCCGCAUUCUACUGCCCAGCACCGUACGUCCUGGACCCACCCAACUGCUUCAGCCAAACAUUAGUGGACGGUAGCAUCACUAACAUGGCCGAUGUCAGCAAAUCAUUGAGGGCGUCACGGUCCAAUCACUUCGUCAUCCUGCAGUUCGACGAUUCACUCGUAGGACCUGGGGAGACCCUGCGCCAAACGCCUCCGUUGGAGUGUCGUUGCGUCACCGUCAAGGGCGUCGUUCUCUCCACCAUUCAGAUCGAGAACUACUACUCAAAGUAA